CGAGCGAGGAAGGGGAGAGCGAGCGAAGGAGGGAGCGCGCGCCGGAGACGGGAGGAGAAGCAGCCUGCGCCGCCCGCCUUGCCUUGCCUCCGCGGCCGAGCAACAGCCCGCUCCGGGUCCGCGCGCCGGGGCAGCCCCCCAGCCUCGCCCCCGGCCAGGAGGUCCCGGGCAAGGCGAGGGCUCUGCGGACAGAAGUUGCGCGCUCAGUUUGCUGGCGGCGCGGAAGGCGAGCGCAGCGCCAGGCGCGGGCACCGGGCGGCCGGGCGGCAGAGCGGGGCAUGCCCUGAUCCGGAGGAGAAGCGCGCUCAGCGCCGGGCUGCGGGGCCGCCUUGGCCGGGGCUGGGGAGCCGGCGGUGUCGCCUGCGCCGCCGCGAGAGGGAUCGGCAUCGCUUUGAUCAGCAUCCUCCUCGUCAUCCUCGGAGUGAGGAGGAAGAGCAAGUAAAUAAGGGAGGGGCAGAGCGGGAGACGAGGUGGAGGGAGGACGAGAGAGACGCGCCGAGAGAAGCAUGGCGAACCCGGACGGAACUGUGAAUUUGUUCUCUGGAGUUGUGAAUUUGCCACCGAGGAACAACACCUCUGCUCUGGAGGAGGAAGCGCCCGCCUGGCCGGCUGCUUGCUGAUUCCCCUUCCACCUCUCCUCUCCCUCCAAAAAAGACGAAUUUGGUGGCUACCUGGGUGCCCGAUGCCUUGUGCGGGGCUUCCUCUGCGUCUUGGUCCUGGGAGAUCGGAUCCUUCCUCGGCUGCUGCUGCUGCAGUUCAUCGGCACACGAAAAAGCGGCUACUGGCUGUCUGGAAGCAAGAGCUCUGAUGUGAUGCAUCCUGCAGUCCUCCCCUUGCGAACGAGGCAGCAGCAUUCCAUCCUGGAAACCUUGAAACCCUGAGAAGGAGCUAUAAACACAUUAUCAUGGACCUGAGGGAUUUUUACCUGUUGGCUGCCCUGAUUGCCUGUUUAAGGCUGGAUUCUGCUGUGGCUCAAGAACUUAUUUACACCAUCCGAGAGGAGCUACCGGAAAACGUCCCCAUCGGGAACAUACCAAAGGAUCUGAACAUUUCUCACAUCAAUGCUGCCACAGGAACCAGCGCUAGUCUUGUCUACAGACUGGUCUCCAAAGCAGGGGAUGCCCCUUUGGUGAAAGUGUCCAGCACCACAGGGGAGAUCUUUACCACCUCCAACAGAAUCGACAGAGAGAGACUCUGUGCAGGCGCUGCCUAUGCUGAAGAGAAUGAGUGCUUCUUUGAGCUGGAGGUGGUGAUUCUCCCAAACGACUUCUUUCGGCUGAUCAAGAUCAAAAUAAUUGUGAAGGAUACCAAUGACAAUGCCCCCAUGUUUCCUUCCCCUGUCAUCAACAUCUCCAUACCUGAAAACACUCUGAUCAACAGCCGCUUUCCGAUCCCGUCAGCCACAGACCCUGACACUGGUUUCAAUGGGGUGCAGCACUAUGAACUUUUGAAUGGGCAAAGUGUCUUUGGGCUGGAUAUCGUGGAAACUCCAGAAGGGGAGAAGUGGCCUCAGCUGAUUGUGCAGCAGAACUUGGACAGGGAGCACAAAGAUACCUAUGUCAUGAAAAUCAAAGUCGAGGAUGGAGGAACCCCCCAGAAAUCCAGCACAGCUAUCCUCCAGGUCACAGUAAGUGAUGUCAAUGACAACAGGCCGGUUUUUAAAGAGAGUCAGGUGGAGGUUCACAUACCAGAGAAUGCCCCUGUAGGUACCUCGGUCAUUCAGCUGCAUGCCACAGACGCAGAUAUAGGAAGCAAUGCGGAAAUCAGAUAUAUUUUUGGUGCCCAGGUUGCUCCUGCAACUAAAAGACUCUUUGCUUUAAACAACACAACUGGGCUGGUGACAGUUCAGAGGGCCUUAGACCGAGAGGAAACUGCCAUCCACAAGGUGACGGUGCUGGCCAGUGAUGGUAGCUCUACACCUGCCCGGGCAACUGUUUCCAUCAAUGUGACUGAUGUUAACGAUAACCCCCCUAACAUAGACCUCAGGUACAUUAUAAGUCCCAUCAAUGGCACAGUGUACUUAUCUGAGAAAGACCCCAUCAAUACCAAGAUUGCCCUAAUUACGGUCUCAGAUAAGGAUACUGAUGUGAAUGGCAAAGUGAUCUGUUUCAUUGAGAGAGAAGUGCCAUUCCACUUGAAGGCUGUUUAUGACAACCAGUACUUGUUAGAGACCUCUUCCUUGCUGGACUAUGAGGGCACCAAAGAAUUCAGCUUUAAAAUAGUUGCCUCCGAUUCUGGCAAGCCCAGUUUGAACCAGACCGCCCUAGUAAGAGUUAAGCUGGAAGAUGAAAAUGACAACCCUCCAAUUUUCAGCCAGCCUGUAAUUGAGCUGUCCGUUUCCGAAAACAACCGCCGUGGUCUGUACUUAACAACUAUUAGUGCCACAGAUGAGGACAGUGGGAAAAAUGCAGACAUUGUUUAUCAGCUUGGCCCCAACGCCUCCUUUUUUGAUUUGGAUCGAAAGACAGGGGUUUUGACAGCUUCCCGAGUCUUUGACAGAGAAGAGCAGGAGAGGUUCAUUUUUACUGUUACGGCCCGAGACAAUGGCACCCCUCCCCUGCAAAGUCAAGCUGCUGUAAUCGUUACAGUAUUGGACGAGAAUGACAACAGUCCCAAAUUUACUCAUAACCAUUUUCAAUUUUUUGUGUCGGAGAACUUACCAAAGUAUAGCACCGUAGGAGUGAUCACAGUGACUGAUGCAGAUGCAGGAGAAAAUAAAGCUGUCACUCUCUCCAUCCUGAACGACAAUGAGAACUUUGUUCUGGAUCCUUACUCUGGAGUUAUAAAGUCCAACGUUUCUUUUGACCGAGAGCAGCAGAGUUCCUACACCUUUGACGUCAAGGCCAUCGAUGGAGGACAACCGCCUCGUUCUUCUACCGCAAAAGUCACUAUAAAUGUCAUGGAUGUUAAUGACAACAGCCCUGUGGUUAUCUACCCACCUUCAAAUACUUCUUUCAAACUGGUGCCUCUCUCUGCUAUCCCUGGCUCUGUUGUGGCUGAAGUGUUUGCUGUUGACAUUGACACGGGAAUGAACGCUGAGCUGAAAUAUACAAUCGUAAGUGGAAACAACAAAGGUUUGUUCCGUAUUGAUCCGGUGACGGGUAACAUUACCCUGGAAGAAAAACCUACUCCUACUGAUGUAGGGCUGCAUCGAUUAGUGGUCAAUAUCAGUGACCUGGGUUAUCCUAAAUCUCUGCAUACCCUUGUCCUUGUGUUUCUGUACGUCAAUGACACGGCUGGAAAUGCCUCUUAUAUUUAUGACUUGAUUCGCAGGACUAUGGAAACACCUUUGGACAGGAACAUUGGGGACAGCAGCCAGCCUUAUCAAAACGAGGACUACCUUACCAUCAUGAUUGCUAUUGUGGCAGGUGCCAUGGUGGUCAUUGUGGUGAUCUUUGUCACUGUUCUGGUCCGCUGCCGCCACGCCUCCCGCUUCAAAGCUGCCCAAAGGAGCAAGCAAGGGGCAGAGUGGAUGUCUCCCAAUCAGGAGAACAAACAGAACAAGAAAAAGAAGCGGAAGAAAAGGAAGUCUCCCAAGAGUUCUCUGUUGAAUUUUGUUACCAUUGAGGAAUCCAAACCGGAGGAUGCCGUUCAUGAACCUAUCAACGGGACCAUUAGCCUUCCAGCUGAGCUGGAGGAGCAAAGUAUAGGAAGAUUUGACUGGGGCACGGCCCCACCCACCACCUUUAAGCCUAACAGCCCUGAUCUUGCUAAGCAUUACAAAUCUGCCUCUCCACAGUCCGCUUUCCAUCUUAAGCCUGACACUCCCGUCUCGGUGAAAAAGCACCACGUGAUUCAGGAACUCCCUUUGGACAACACCUUUGUUGGGGGUUGUGAUACCCUUUCCAAACGCUCUUCCACUAGUUCAGAUCACUUCAGUGCCUCAGAGUGCAGUUCCCAAGGAGGCUUCAAGACAAAGGGCCCCUUGCACACCAGACAGGCACUGAAUUUUGGAGAUAUGCCGAAGUACUUGUGGGAGAUUUGGGUACCUGACAAACCAUGGGUGUCCCAGCGCCGUGUUACGUUUCACCUCCCCGAUGGCUCCCAGGAAAGCUGCAGUGACAGUGGUCUAGGAGAUCAUGAGCCUGUGGGUAGUGGUACCCUGAUCUCACACCCUCUCCCUCUGGUUCAGCCGCAGGACGAAUUCUACGACCAGGCCUCACCGGACAAGAGGACCGAAGCGGACGGCAACUCCGAUCCCAACUCUGGAUUCAAAGAAUGCAUGAAGGCGCAAACUGGAACUGGAAUCUCGGUCCCCCAUGUGGCUGUAUAUAUGAGUGAUGGACCUCUUGGCCCUCGAGGAUUAGCUGAAGCUACUGAGAUGUGCACUCAAGAAUGCCUGGUCCUGGGUCACUCAGACAACUGUUGGAUGCCUCCCUCUUUGGGUUCGUACCAGCAGCCAAAGUCUCCACUCUCCACCUUUGCACCUCAGAAGGAAUGGGUUAAGAAAGACAAACUGGUGAAUGGCCACACGUUGACCAGAACCUGGAAAGAAGACAGCAACAGAAACCAGUUCAGUGACCGAAAGCAGUUUGGCUCGGGGGAAGGCCAUUUCAACCCUGGCAAUCCCAUGGCUGACAUUCCUUUGGCUAACUUGAAAUCCUAUAAACAAGCAUCAGGACCAGUGGAGAGUCCAAAGGAGAACCAGCUAUAAGGAAAGGCUUCUUUGGAACAGUGACUUUAGCCUAGUUAGACUUGCUAAUACUGUGUGUGUGUGUGUGUGUGUGUGUGUGUGUGUGUGUGUGUGUGUGUCAGAGCUUUAUGUACUGAGUAGACCUCUAGAACUAUGCGUCACAUAGCAGAGAUAUGCAUAACUUUGUGGUAGCUCCAUGGAACUGCAACACAAAAGAGCAUUUCUACUAGUUGUGUGGUUUUGUUAAAUAGAAAUAAUCAAACUCUUACAGAGAAUCUCUCCAGUUUGCAAAAUAUCUUAAUUUUUUUCAAUUUGCUUGGGAUAACGGGUGGGGGUUUGUUUAUGUUCCUUUGUUUUUUUGACCCUGGACUUGCUGCUGCAAAUAGUAGAAGAUUCACAUGGAGAGAGCGAAAAAGAAAGAGAGAAUGUGUGAGAGAGAGACGGUGGAUUGCAAUUCUUAGAAAGCAUAUCCAAUUAGGAAAUUGUGUUAUUGUUACCAUUGAUUUUGUGCUGGGACUGCUAUACUUGACAUCUUUACUGAAACAAAACAACUAAAAUUGCAAACAUUAAACCUACUGUGCUAUUAACAACGUUAGUGGACACUUGUUAAGUCAAUCAGUGUUCAAGUACUUGUAAAUAGAAUCAAUUAUUAUUAAUAACUUUUGUGUACUUAUAACGGUCACCUAAAAAAAAAAUACUGUAGCAUAAUUCUGUGUUUCACAGUUGCUUUUUUCUACUUUAUUUCAUUUGCUUCCUGUUGUUUAUUAUUAUUAUUUUGUUUCUUUUGGUGAUGGUGUUUCUGUGUUGGUAGUCUGUCUGACACACAAUGUUCCAAGGAGCUCAAAACACUUGUGUUAAAAACUGAGGAAAAGAGGGAGGGGAGGGCAAUAUUUUAUUUUACAUGACAAAAAAUUGCCAAUAAAAUUAUUGCCAAUUCUGAAAUAACACUUGAAGUAAGGGCUUUGAGAUUUUAGCCACUAUUAUUAUUUUUGUUGUUUUUCUGAUUUGCAAAGCAAAGGGGAGAAAAAGAGAACACAAACCAUGACAGCAGCUGAAUGGACAUUAUUGGCUGCAAUCAUGCUAGAGAGUGAUACUAGUCAAAAUUAGGUGGAGGGUAAGGGGAACAAUCUGCUGCUGAGUGGUUCCAAUAUACAAGCCCCAUCGCACUGAAUGGGAGGUGCCUAAGUGCCCAUUCAUAUCAAUGGAGCUUGUGCGGGAACAUUUCUUGAGUUAUUUUGUACCCAGUAAAUCCAUAUCUAACAAUUGCUUUUUAAAACGAUUGGGCUGUGUGUGUCUAUACCUAAGACAGUUUGUAUUGCUCAAAUGGCAGCGGUUGUGUUGAUCUUCAUCUGCAUUGAUGUUGUAGUAACACAAGUGUUUUUAGAUCAUAGCCACAAAAUAUUUAAUGUGUCGUGCCUUCAUGAUGUAACCAAGCAUUCUCCUGGUAGGCUAGUUGGGGGAAAUGAAAGGGUUCAAUCUCUAAUUCUUGCUGUUUAACUGUUUGUUACCAUAGUUGGUCAAUGCCUGGCAGGUACCAGUGUUGUGUCACUUGAAUCAAACCAGCAAAGUGACUCCUAAUGUUAAUAAGAUCUCAGUUGCACGUCUAAUAAAUCCUAAUCUGAACAUUCUUAGGCGUUUUUUUCUUAAGGCAUGACAGACAAUUUAAACAAAUAGCAUGCAACAUGGGUGGGGGGGGAGUCCUUAAAGUACAAAAGAAAAAAUUAUCUUAUUCCACAGUUAAACAUCAGUCUUAAAAUAAACACACAGAAAAAUAAAGGUAGCUAAUAUUGAUGGUUAAUUUGUUCUUACCAAAACUAACCGAAGUUAUUUUGUAUAUAGCAGUUCACGUUUUCUUUCCUCCACAAUAUACAAGCAUAAAAUGGGUUAGGGGUGCAUUGCUUAUUGCAGUACUUAUGUCAGUUUGUGAGGGGUGUUUGAUGACUUUGACCGAAUAAAUAUCUAAACAGUUAUCCUUGUUACUGCUUUGCCAGUUCAACGUUAUUUACAGUUAUUCAGCUCUUGCAAUAAAUGUUCUGAAUUCCUGAUU